AUGAGUGGAGAGCAUACAGACAUCCUGUCAACCGCAGACGUUGUCAGAGAUAGAUGGAGAGUGGUGAGAAAGAUAGGCGGCGGUGGCUUUGGGGAGGUGUACGAAGUCUUGGACCUGCUGAGCCAGGCCACCGUCGCCAUGAAGGUGGAGUCUGCCACUCACCCCAAACCGGUGCAGAGGACAGAGGCGGCCGUGUUGAGGAAGCUGCAGGGCAAAAAUAAUGUGUGUCGCUUUGUCAGUGCUGGCCGAAAUGAACGCUUCAACUAUGUGGUUAUGGAACUCCAGGGGAGGAACCUGGCAGAUCUGCGCAGAAGUAGGGCCCGUGGUAUAUUCUCAGUCUCAACAACUCUAAGGCUCGGGAAGCAGAUUUUGCACUGUAUCGAAAACAUCCACUCUGUGGGUUUCCUGCACCGGGACAUUAAACCAGCCAACUUUGCAAUGGGAAGACUAGCAAGUACCUGCAGAUGCUGCUACAUGCUUGACUUUGGUCUGGCACGACAGUACAUGACUUCCAACCAUGAAAUCCGUCCCCCUCGGUCUGUGGCUGGCUUCAGAGGAACUGUACGAUAUGCUUCAAUCAAUACUCAUAAAAAUAAGGAAAUCGGCCGUCAUGACGAUCUAUGGUCCCUCUUCUAUGUGUUGGUUGAAUUCAUGUCGGGUCAGCUCCCAUGGAGAAAAUUUAAAGACAAGGAGCAAGUAGGCAAUCUAAAAGAAGCAUAUGACCACCGCCUUAUGCUUAAUCACUUACCAUCUGAGUUUAGCGCAUUCCUGGAUCACAUUCUCAGCCUGGACUACUACACCAAGCCAGACUAUGAGAUGCUGAUGUCACUGUUUGACAGCGCUAUGAAAAGCCACAAUGUGCUGCACAAUGAUCCCUACGACUGGGAGAAAUCUGACUCGGAGGACGUGCUGACCGCAGCUGCGGCACCGCCGACCGGCCAGGAGCUUACCCGCCUCACGCCAGCACACAUGGGCAUGGCUAAUGCUUCAGUGCUACCAGUGGAAUUGCAGAGGGAGAACACAGAGGAUGUCCUCAUGCUCGGGGAGCGCUUCAGCGACGCCGACAACUGCCCCCCUACUCCUGCUGUGUCCGUGCCCACGAGAGGCAUAUGGGAUGAAAUGGAACGCAUUCAAAACCAGAAGCAUGUUGAACCAGUGAUCAGGAAGGUGGCAACUGAGGAAGAGCACAGUCCAAACCAGGCCAACCAAAGCCCUGCUGGCUCGGUACAGAGUUCUCCAAGGCGAGUACGAUCUGAGACCGUAUUCAUGGAACGGGGUGUGCCGCUGCUGCGGAAGAUGCGUCAGAGUCAGAGCUUGGCGUUUGAAAGGAGACUUGCUCCUGAACCCAAGCCUACUCUUGAGCGCUUCCUUGAAUCAUGUCGCGGAAAAACGCCUCCUGUUCUAUCUCACAUUGGAGAGAAAGCCCCGUCAGAUGAACAAUCUGGCACAGGUACCGGUGAUCCAGAGGAAGGUGCAGUCAGCAGUGGUUUUGUCGCCGUCAACAUCAGUCCUGUGGUCCAAGAGGGAGACUCCCAGGAGUGGGUGGUGCUUGAGGUGGAGCAAGGCAGCAAUUCCGUACCCAUUAAGUCUUCUUCAACUGAAGCACAGCGUGAUGACAAAGCGGCGACCCCAAACACCGCCGACAGCGAGAACCAUCCACUGCAGGAGGGCCCAACUGUAGCAGUCAGUCCUGUUCUGUCACAUUGUUCUGUCGGGUCAUGGCUACUUGGCCACAGGAGGCUGCCAGGGAUGCUGGGGCAAAUGCCCUCGGUCACCAUGGGACGACCACAUAUGGAUCAGUCUUCUAGCGGCACACCGCAAUCUCCUGCGCUCGAGAAAAGUGAAACCACACCUCUUGAGGCCCCGUCCAGCAAAUCCGAAGAAAUCCCUGGACAGCUCCCAAAGGAUGGAGGGAAGACUGAUUUGGUCCCUUCAUCGUGCCCGCUCAAAGGUUCAACAACUCUUGCAGCAAAAGACCCAGAGACUGAUUCUGGUUUGCCGGACUGCUCAUCAGAUCUGAACCAGCAGCCUCAAGCGAUUGUUUCGUUCUUCGCUUCUUUAAAGCCCAAAGACUCUCCCUGCUCUCCAAAACUAAGCCGGAUCCCAAGACGGGAUCCCGGCACUCCCCCGGACUCUCCGGGAAGGAACGUCCACCGGGAUAGGCGAAACCGCUGGAGCAGCCCUGUCCACGGCUCGCCCACCCAUUCCCCUUCUCCGUCGCUUUCUUGUGAAAACCUACAGGUCACUCUCCCUCGAGAACGCCUGUCCUCAGAAAAAGGCUCCAGGUCGGACUGUGGAGGGGAAGACCCUCUUUCUCUGUCCUCUUCAUCUGGCAGUAGAAGUAAAAUCCCACGACCCAUGAGCGCCACCUUUGUUCCCGAGCAGCUCGGCGGCAGACUCGUGCCUCAUCCACCUCCUGGGAAACCAUCGGCAGGCCCAUGUGCUGACCACAGGCGGCGGCGGUUGCGAGUACGUGCCAGCAGCACAAGCGAUGCGGACUCCUUGUCCAAUCUAACCCAGCAAGACCAUGGCGGGCUGCUCGUCAACCCGCCACCACCCCGGCCUUGCAACUCCUCCGUUCUGCAACGCUCACUGAGUUGCUCGCCAUCCCGUCAGGAGCCCCGCGACGGUAGGCCACCACCUCUGGGACGUAGCCGCUCUCCGUCUAGCUUCUCUGGGUCUUCUUCAACGCCUCCUCGUCACGGCCCCCUGCAAGCCAGGUCGUCCGGGCAGACUUCAUGGGCCCCAGACUCCAUAGGAAGAGGUUUAAUCAAGGAGGGUAAAGGCUCAAGGAAAUUAAAACGAUGA